ACAACUCAAUUACAAAGUACUUAUUGCCUUCGCGAUAGCAAUUAAUGUUAUUUAUAUCGGAUGGAUGUGGCCAUUUCGUGCCAGGACUUAUACAUAUCCCUCAGAGCACAUCAACGGUGAUACGUUCCUCAUAAAGACCGCCGGCUGUACUAUCGGACGCAUGGACCCAUUCGCUAACGAUAUCCUGCCAUAUUUGAGCGAACCGGAACCCAUCAGGUGCGAUGGCGAAGUUCAAACUUACGUCACCAAAAUUCAUGGUCACGUUUACCUCAACGUGAACUCCACCGCGAUUAGGAACUCCUCCCUACUGUGCUGCUACGCGGGGAUUUACAGGAACUUGAGUGCCGCCAUACCCGACGAUAAUAUUUUUUACUCGGAGUGCGUACCGUUCGUUAAUCGCAUUCCGAUAGAGAAGAAUACCUCAUCCCUGAGGGUGACUUGCGAAAACGGCUACGACAACGUGCACUAUGUGUUCCACGAGCCGCCACCGGAUGCGGUUAAGCACGCAAAGAGGCCCAACGUGUUGAUGAUCGGGAUAGAUGCCCUCUCGCGUCUGAAUUUCAUAAGAACCAUGCCUAAAACUGUCGAAUUUUGUCAGCGUAACGGUUGGAUCGAUUUAAAAGGUUACAACAAAAUUUUGCACAACACGUACCCCAACAUGAUGGCAGCCAUGACGGGCAAGGACCCCAACGCGUCGAUGUCCAUCGGCAAUGCGAAGAACACCUUCCCCUUCGAAGACAUCGAUUUUAUAUGGAAGCAUUUCAAAAGCCGAGGCUACACGACAGCCUACGCGGAAGAUUGGCCGCUCGUUUCGACGUUCAAUUUUGUCGGUCCCGGAUUCCUGCGUCCCCCCACCGAUUACUAUCCCAGAGCAUAUUUCGUGGCACAGUCCACCCUUCCGGAGAAGGUAUUCUGCGGUCUGCCUCAGUGCUACGGACCUCAACACGUAGGUUUGGGAAUGAUAAAACUGAUCGAGGAUUUCACGUCGGCGAUCAAAAACCGCGCCGGCGGUUUCGGAUUGUUCUGGUCCAACUCUUUCAGCCACAGCGACCUGAACUGCCCCAAGAAUUUGGACAAACCGUAUCUGAGGUUGUUCGAGCGUUUGAAGCGAAACGGUGUCCUUCGAGACACCGUAGUUAUUUUUUUUUCCGACCACGGUUUUCGUUUCGGCGAAAUUGUCGAAACCACCACCGGUUGGUUGGAAAACAGAUUACCGUUCCUGUAUAUCUGGUUGCCGUCCGCGUUCAGGACAAGACACCCGAAGCAGUACCGGAACUUGGUAGCAAACGCGCGCGCGCUGACGUCACCGUACGACCUCCACAUGACAUUAAAGCAUAUCCUGGCAUUGCAUGAUCCGACGUACUCGAUGCUUCCUAGCCCCGGAUGUGCGGAUUGCAAGUCGUUGUUGGAGGAGAUUAAUCCCGCGAGAACUUGCUCGGACGCCGGAAUACCGCCAUACUGGUGCAGUUGCUCGAAGUACAUCGCGAUGCCUACCGACGACAUCGUAGCAACGCGCGCCGCUGUUUUUUGCGUCGACGACAUCAACCGUUCCGUCGAGGGUACCAACUGCAGCCAGUACACGUUGGGAAGAACCUUGGAGGCGAAGUACUUCGAGGUGGCCGACAGCACGAUCGCCAAUAUGUUCGUUAGAGUGCUGACGGUGCCACCGGCUAAGUUUGAGGUUAAUUUGAGGGCGGGGUACGACGAGCGGGUUGGAGAGCUCGAGUUUUCCACUAUCAGUGUCGAUAGAUUGGAUCGGUACGAACCGGUAGCAUGGUGCUCACCCACGAAAGACAUGAGGCGGUACUGCCAUUGCGGCGCUGUCAACUAGCGGUGCAUGACGAUCGCUUUCUGUACGAAAUCACAAAUAAAGCACUAUGAAAUGCGUGAUGCCUUCUUAGUUUUCCCCUAAGUUCCGACUCUAAAGGUAAUUUUCCGAUUUAACCUUUGGGACGCCCAUGUCUGCACCAGCCGAGAUUAUACGCUCAAAGUGGUAACAAAUUUAGAGUACAUUUUACAGUUUUU